UUAUGCAAUCGCUUGUCGAUGUCAUUUUGAACACGUCGUUAGUGGCACUUUUCGAAAAUGUCUCGUCGUGGUGGGAGGCAGCCCUUCAAUCCCAGAGCUGGAUUUCAGAGAACCAAUAAUAAUAAGGAAGAUGAUGGAAAAGGUGUUUCGAAUGUCAUCCUCAAACAAGCACGCUCCAGUGGACAAUUGAAUUUAUCUAACCGUUCACUCGCAACUGUUCCUCAGUCAGUAUGGAAUAUCAACAUUGACGUCCCUCCUGAAGCGAAGAAUGUAUCACUGGACAACCAGGAUGAGAGAUGGUGGGAUCAGACCGAUUUGGUGAAGCUCAUUCUCGCUUCAAACAAACUCGAAGAACUCUCAAAUGAUAUCCAACAGCUGCCAGCUCUUACUGUGCUUGAUGUUCACGACAAUAAGUUGACCUCCUUACCAACUGCGAUUGGAGAACUUCGGAACUUGCAGAGAUUGAAUAUAAGCCACAAUUGUUUAACAGAGCUUCCAUCACAGAUAUCCCAGCUUCAUGAUCUUCUCUUCCUUCAUGUUCAGCAUAAUAAGAUCAGUGUUCUCCAAGAUGGUCUUGGUGACCUUAACCACCUGGAAAACUUGGAUGUAUCUAAUAACCAGUUGAGAGAUCUGCCUGAAUCAAUCGGUAGCCUGCGUAAAUUAAAGAGUCUGAACGCAUCUGAGAAUCAACUACUGCUGGUCCCAUCAACCAUUGGUAACCUAAAAGGAGUUCGGAUGCUAGAACUGAGUAGCAACAGACUGACCUCACUACCCGAGGAGAUGGGUUACAUGUCAUCGUUAGAGCAGCUCCAUGUCAAGUUCAACAAAAUUACAUCUCUACCUCCUUUCACAAAAUGCAAAGAUCUGAAGGAACUCCAUGCUGGUAAUAACAAUAUUUCAGAGCUGAGUGUUGAGCUGCUCCAGUCCCUAUCAUCUCUCAAUGUAUUAGAUCUGAGAGAUAACAAGAUAACCACCAUUCCUGAAGACUUAAUAAAAGUUACCACUCUCACCAGACUCAAUAUUGCCAACAAUAAUGUUUCAAGUCUACCAUAUAAGCUUGGUAAUCUAACAUCACUAAGAUCUAUGGUCUUAGACGGAAACCCACUUCGUAGUAUCAGGAGAGAUAUUGUCAAUAGAGGCACAAUGGAGCUGAUGAAGUACUUGAGGAGUCGCAUAGAGGAGACUCCGGAGGAUGCACCCGACAGUUCAUCGGCAUCUGAUCCAUCAAGUGUUAUAGGCCGGACAGAGGCAGUGGCUGGCAAGACCUUGGACUACAGUAAUAAGAAGUCGGGAACAAUACCAGUCUCUUUAUGGGAGCCUGCCAAGGAGAGCGGAGUCACUGCCGUCAACUUCAGCAAAAACAUGCUCACACAAGUACCAGAAAAUUUGAUCUUACUUCAUAAAACUGUGGUGGAUGUGAAUCUGAGUGUUAAUAAGAUACCAGCUCUUCCCGUUGAGAUGCAGAUGAUGGUCAACAUCACAAGACUUGAUCUAGGGAGCAACGGUCUAAGCACCAUCCCCGCUGUGUUUGAGACAAUGACCGGGAUGCGCGAGCUCGUCAUCUCCUAUAACCGCUUCACCAAGAUUCCUGAGGUUGUCUUCACCUGGUCCAAUCUUGAGAAUCUGUUGGCCAAUGAUAACCAGAUUGGAGAAAUAGACUUGACUGGUCUCAAACGCCUUACCAAGAUAUCUACACUCGAUCUACAGAACAAUGACAUUGGAGAGGUUCCUCCUGAACUGGGAACAGUUACCAGUCUCAGGUCUCUUUUGCUUGCUGGUAACCGGUUUAGGAACCCACGCCCAGCCAUCCUGAACAAAGGAACCGUUGCUCUUCUAGCUUACCUUCGAGACAGGAUCCCAACGUAACAAGCUUUCACUCAGGAACACACAGAUAUAAUAAAACAAAUAAUGCAUAUUAUCAAGGGCAUUAGUAAGAAUUAUACACACAAGGUGCAUUGGGAACAGUUCUAUCAUUUGGACUGUUACAAAGCAAAGAUGUGUUGGUUAAUAUUCUAAUGCCCAAGCGAAAUAAUGUGUAUUAUAUGUUAUGAUAGUGAUGUGGAUGCUUGUUUAUUUGAUAAACCAUCCUCAUCUCAAAACAUAUGCAUUAUUUGUUUUAUUAAGAUAAUAAUGUGGAUCCUUGUUUAUUUGAUAAACCAUCCUCAUCUCAAAACAUAUGCAUUAUUUGUUUUAUAAGAUAAUAAUGUGGAUCCUUGAUUAUUUGAUAAACCAUCCUCAUCUCAAAACAUAUGCAUUAUUUGUUUUAUAAGAUAAUAAUGUGGAUCCUUGAUUAUUUGAUAAACCAUCCUCAUCUCAAAACAUAUGCAUUAUUUGUUUUAUAAGAUAAUAAUGUGGAUCCUUGAUUAUUUGAUAAACCAUCCUCAUCUCAAAUUCAUGAGCAGUCAUUAUACUUUUCUCCUGACUGGUCAUUAGUAAAUCUUAUUAGAAUCCAAUUCAUCAUCUUAUAAUGCAUAUUAAGGUCAUAGUUACACUGCCAACUACAUUUUUAAUUGCAAUUGCCUGCUGAUUGAAACAUAUUUUUUAGGGGAAGGGGAUGGAUAUGGGGUCAAAGUUCAGCAAAUUAAUGCUUUACUUUUCUCUGAUUCAAAUGGUUUUGUCCUAGAAUCACAACACUGAAUGAGAUUUAAUCACUAUGCAAUUGAAUAAAAAAGAUGUGUGCUAAAAUAUAACUCAUGGCCACUGUAUUUGUUGAUAUAAUAAAUGUUACAAUAUCAUUAGACUCAUAUCAUUUACAAGUCCGCAUGUUGUGUAUUCAUUGUGUAAUAUUAGUACAUUAUUUUAUUAUGUACUUUUUAUGAUUUAUACAUGUAAUCCUACUUAAUCACUUAAUAUAAAACCCUAUUUUUAUUUUCAUUUAAAAUGAAUAUUGAUUUCUCAUGUAUAAUGCUACAUUCCACAUCACAGCAAAUGGAUUUAAGAAUACUCUUCAUAUUCCUUGGUUAAAAUGAAUUCCGUUUCUUUCUUAUCCCUUUUCAUUUUGAUAUGCUAAAAUGUAUACUAUUUGUUACAUUUCCGUCGGCUUUCGUGCAUGAUUGAAAAAUUGACCCAGCUUUCCGAAUUCCCUCUAUGAAAAAUCCUAAUAAGACUCCAAAAUGUUCUUUUGAACUUUUGUAUUUAUGCAUAUUGAUAUUUUCAUCAGUUACAUGUAUUGUGUCAGAAUAUGGGAUUCUGCAUACAAACAUAUGUGCUGUAAACUUAUUAUUUUUUUCUAUUUAACAUAAUUAUAAAUCAUAAUUAAGAUUGUAUGAUUGUGCCAUAAACAAUAAAUAUAUUGUAGAUAAGAAUGUAAAAUCAAAUAGCUAUUCUUAUAAAUGUGUAAAAUAUGAUUAGGCACUAAAUUUAAUAUAAAUAUGUUAUAAUUUAUCAUGUAUAUACAUGUAUACUUGACAUAUUAUUCUUGAUUUGCAGUACUUCUCAAAAUGCUUGUGUACUGCUUCUUGGCUGUUCCAUUUAUUUACAUGCACAUCCAAAUCAGUCUAUAUUAUCUAUGCUUGGCAUGCAUGCAGUACAAUUUUUUUCUGCAAGUACUUUUUUAUAUGCUUGUGUGUGAAACAAAUAAAUUGCU